GCAAACCAAUCCAAUGCAAUACAAAAUCAAGCCCAAAUAGAUGCUGCCUCAUUUGCAUUUUUGUGUCUAAAGCAUGAUUUCAUAAUGACAAAAUGAUACAUGUCUAUGGAUUAAUCUAUAGCAUACUACUAUGUACAGGCUAUAAAUUUAUGCGUUUCUGACGAUGGUUCCUGAAUACAUGGUCUCCCUUUUAUCCUAUGCUUCCAAAGCUUAGAUCUUUGUGCCUUGAUGAUGAUAUAUAAUUUUCUAAAACGAAAUUUAGCUAACUUUCCUAAUAUUCCCUAGAUGAUGUGGCAUACCCCCGGCUUGGUUGCAAUGUGGAAAACGAAAAUUUAAAAGCAAGACCUGUUGCUUUCGAAAAAUGGAAGACCAGUUUGCGUCAACGAGUCCUUUAAAACAUAAAAGUGUCAUGGCUGGGACAAGUCGGAGGAGAAUCUAAGCAAAAGAAAAAAAAAAGGGUGCGUGAAUUUUUUCAAUUACUCUUUUUUUAUUUUUUCCCCCCAAUUCCCUAGACAUCACGCGAUGGUCCACCAUCACUUAUUUCUUCCCAAAUAAAAUUCUCUCGCAUCAGAUUCUUCACAUGAUUCAUUUGCAUAAGCUUUGGAUGAAGUACAUCACCAUCAAUGGAUGCAUCAUUAGUCUAAUUAUUUAUCAAACAUUUGAAAUGCAUCAUCUAGAAACCUAUCAACGUCUGCCUCCAUUCCAUAAAUAAAUUAGUAUAAAACCUAUUUUCUUUCAAGAGCAUCAUAAAUUAUCUAACAACCCUCCAAAAUCUAAGUCAAAAUGAAUCUAAUACCCUAGCAAGCAGUUCAUAUUAAAGUUCAACGCAUGCUGGGAAUAAGAUGUAAUUCACCUGUUCACAUCCUCGGCACGUAGAUUUAGACAAACAUUUCCUUUACUAAACCUGAUGUUAGAAAAUAGCCAGUGGGGACUUCUUUCAGUUUUCUGCCCUCUUUUUGAAACAUUCUCUGCACUCCAGUCUAGCUAUCAACCUAUUGCUUCAUUUUAUUUUCCCUAGUCCGGUAACGUUCAAAUCCUUAGCUUUAUAUAAACAAAGAAGCUUUACUUUGGGACUCCCUGCCGCCCCAUGAGCGUUGAGCUGAUUAUUUUAGCGACCGCGCACCAUCUUCGGAAGAGGACCACACUACCAUAAAAGUAGUAAUAAUGUCCAUAGUCCUCAAGUAGAUUUUUCUAAUUUUUUUUUUUAUCCUCUACUUUGCAAUAACCGUUGGAUGGCAAAAGACUAUAGCAUCUUCUAAACUAUGCAUGUAUAUCGAAAAGAUAAACAAGACCGCUGAUUGGAUCACUGCCUAGCACUUCUGAGAGGUUUUCUAAACAUAAAGUCGGUCCUCCAUUGCUUUAUCAUUUUCUUUCUUUUGAUUCUGCGAGGUGCGCUUAUCAGCCGUUGUACCAAUUUUUUUAAAAUUAUAUUAAAUAAAUAAAUUUAUGAAGCCCAAGGGAGUCACGCCUUCCACCCCUGCCGCGGUUAGUAGGGUGGGGCGAGAAAAUGGCGUGAACUGGAAUCACGGAAGCGUGCCCCGGCCCACCGGGAAGGAGGAAGUCACCAAACACCCCAUGACGCCCAACGCGACCCAUCCGUGCCGUCCGCACGUGCUGCACGUGUCCCGUUCUGGGCCGUCGGAUCCCCACCCUUCCUCCCUCGCCCCAGGCGUGCUAAACAUAAACCCCAACACGCGGCCGCACACGAGCGAAACCCUAGAGACCCUUAGCCCCACAAUCGACACCGCCGGACCGCCGGCGGAGGAACUCCCCGGCGACGCCCAUCCUGCUCAAUCUCCGCCCAGGACCUCGUCGGAGGGUCGCUUCCGGGCCAGCAGUCACUCUGAUCCGGGUCCCCUCUUGCCGCCCGCCCGGAUCGCCGGAGAAGGCCGGAGCACCGCCUCGGAACCUCGCCGGAGGUCCGGAAAGGAGGGGCCUUUCGAGGAGAGGAGCGAGAUCUCAACUCGUACCCCCUUUUUGUCCAUUUAAGAUUCAAUCCUUCUUUCGCUCUUGGGUUUCGAUCGGAGGAAAGGGAAUCGGAGCUUUUUCGACCUGAAUUACUCUGGAAAGGACGGACGUACCUAGAAAUGUAAAAGGCGUGGGAGAAAGGGCUAGGGCUGUAGUACCGGAAAAAAGGGGUCACGCGAAGGGGAUGGCUCAGGAGAUGGAGAAGCUGGGAGGGACCAGCGAGGAGGAGGACGAGGAGGAGAUGGAGAUGGAGGUGAAGGAGGAGGACGACGAGGAGGAAGGGGGAAGCGGCAGCGGCGGCGCAGCGGUGAUGGGGAUGGCAGGGACGCCGGCAGGGGAGGAGAUGGGGGCAGGUACUUCGAGCAACCGGGGGGGAUCGGCGGCGGCAGCGGUGGGGGGGAGGGGAUGAUGCAAGGGGGGAUGAUGAGGCGGCCGCGGGCCGAAGGAGGAGAAGGAAAGGACGAAGCUUAGGGAGCGGCACCGGCGGGCGAUCACUGCGAGGAUCCUGUCAGGGCUCCGGCGGCACGGGAACUACAACCUCCGGGCGCGGGCUGACAUCAACGAGGUCAUCGCCGCCCUCGCAAGGGAAGCCGGUUGGGUGGUGCUCCCCGACGGCACCACCUUCCCCUCUCGCUCCUCCGCCUCCUCUUCUCCCCAGUACAAGCAAUUAGAAUUACUAAGCAACAUGCCUUUAAUAACAAUGUCUAUACUAGAAGCCUGCUGCAAAGUAUUCUUUAACUCUUCCAUUGAUGACAAUAGUAAUUUUGACAACCAGUACAAUCCUACAUCAUGUAGAAGUGCUACUUCUAGCAUAGAAACUGAAACAUGA